UAUCGUGUUCGAAAAGGGAAUUCGGGAAGCAAUGACCGGGGGAGGGGGAGCGGGCACGAGGACCACAAACCACGGCAAGCGGAAGGCGAGCGCCGUCGGCAGCGUCGUAGGGAAGNACGGGCACGAGGACCACAAACCACGGCAAGCGGAAGGCGAGCGCCCCAAAAAAGCCCGGGGCAAGGACUACGCGCACUGGGCCACACACUUUCUGAAGCGGACAUGCGCGCACCGCAAGAUCCCGAGGAUGAUGUCGCAGAAGAGCAAGGGUGUCCUGGUGGCGGCCCUGCGAUCUCUCGACGCCAACAUGAAACGGCCAUCUCCGUACUUCGACGACCUCGAUGCUAUCGCAGCCGUAAGGCAAAGCUGGACGCGGCAGCGAGCAGGAGAAGGGGAGGAGGAGGGAGCCAUCCCUGCGAAAGCGCUGCUUAUGUUUCGAGGUGUUGUCAACAUGGUCGCCCUAGCACGUGACAGAACUGAACCGUUUACAGUCGAGGGUGUGGACUACAGUGUGGCGGACCUUUACGACGCCAUGGAGAAGGAAGACAAACCGGAACUGGAGGAUUCUGCUGGCGGGAGUUCGUCGACGGGUGGUGCAGCCGGACCGGACGGGGGGGGCCCACACUACAUGAUGUGGCUCGUUGGGAUCCUGUGCGAAGACUCCAUCCGCCCAUGUGUCAUCAUCAACAGCCGCUUGCAGGCAACCCGGCAGGAGCUGGACACCUCAGCAGUUGGGCCGCGGAAACAUUUGUGGACAGAGGUCACCGACCGCUUCCGAGACCCUCGCCACAAUGUGCGUGCUGGGGGUUGGGGGUUGAUUAGUACGGGGGACACGGAUACGUACAUUCUCGGUUGCGCAAUCGAGAAAUACCCCGAGCUUGACCAAGUGGGCAACAAUCUCAUCCCGGAGGACGCUCAGCGAGAGGACGACGGGACCGGAGANAUUCUCGGUUGCGCAAUCGAGAAAUACCCCGAGCUUGACCAAGUGGGCAACAAUCUCAUCCCGGAGGACGCUCAGCGAGAGGACGACGGGACCGGAGAGAGCGAUGGCUGUACAGGCGGUGCCGAGCGCCGGGCGGCCACCAAGUGGGAGGGCGCGAGGCUCUACGAGCAGAACAGGCGGGGGACGAAGCAGAAGAAGAAGGGGGGAAGGCAGAGCGUGGCAGAGGCUACGUCCGUUGCCAUGAAAUCCGCACUCUUAGAUGUUGAGCCGCUCCUGCCACGCGGUGCCGAGCGCCGGGCGGCCACCAAGUGGGAGGGCGCGAGGCUCUACGAGCAGAACAGGCGGGGGACGAAGCAGAAGAAGAAGGGGGGAAGGCAGAGCGUGGCAGAGGCUACGUCCGUUGCCAUGAAAUCCGCACUCUUAGAUGUUGAGCCGCUCCUGCCACGUGGCGGAUCGGAGAAAUCUGAGUGGCAACAAGAGGAAGAGGAAAGCAAGUCUGCUGCCCUGGAUACCAAGGCUGCUGAAUACGCUCUGCAGAAAGCAAUGUGCGCCGACCACCAGAAAUAUUCGGAGCAGAUUGUGGAAGAAGAGGGAAAAAUGCGGCCGGGUUACAAGACGAGAGUAAAAUUCAUGGAACAAAUGGUAGCAAAGCUCGAGAAGGUGAUGUUUGGCGGUCAAUAG